AUGUUGAAAACAGAACCCAUCACCACCGUCUCGCCCGUACAAAUGGAACCAACUCCACCAACGCCCCCCACCGACCCCAAUCCCCGGUACAGCAACCAUAUUAUCUUGACCACUUAUCCAGGCCAGAGCGGCAUUGAGCCCGUUCCCCUUGAGUGGGGCGCUCCCGACGCCAAAUCCCGGGGUCCGGUAGUUGUAUCCCGCAGCGGGAAUCUCGUCAAGCGCCGCAAUGCCAUCGGCGCCCACGGCGGCAGUUACAGCAUCUACAAUGCCCUUGCCAUUGCCGCUGCCCACUUUCGAUUUCCCCCGCAGCCUGCCUGGGCGGAUAAGAAAAAGAUCGUCUCUAUGGAUCCUUACGGCCAUGACAUCGUCAACCAGUUCAAGGCAGAGCUGGAGGCUGGCUGGGAUAUCCGUCCAACUAUGGCGGUCACUCGGGCUAACAUGAAACUCGCGGAGAUUGCCGAUGAUGUGAAGAAUGGCCUGCUCGAAGUGGACGGGUCUAUUCUUGUUGAUUCAUCAGGCGAGGUUCGUGUCACCAAGGUAGCAGCCGAGCCUGUCUGGUAUCUUCCCGGUGUGGCAGAGCGAUUUGGGGUUGACGAAGGUACUCUUCGUCGGACUUUGUUCGAGCAUACUGGUGGGAGCUACCCUGAGCUUAUCACUCGACCCGAUCUGAAAACCUUCCUGCCACCGAUCGGAGGCCUUACCGUGUAUAUCUUUGGCCCACCGGAGCGGAUCUCCGACGAGAAUGUCAAGCUGGCUCUGCGUGUCCACGAUGAAUGUAAUGGCAGUGAUGUCUUCCAGUCAGAUAUCUGUACCUGCCGACCAUACUUAGCGUUCGGUAUUCGCGAAGCAAUUCGAGAGGCACAGAACGGCGGCAGUGGUGUGGUCAUCUACUUCCGCAAGGAAGGUCGAGCCCUUGGAGAAGUGAUUAAGUAUCUGGUUUACAAUGCGCGCAAGCGUGGAGGCGACACCGCCGACAAGUACUUCACUCGGACAGAGAAUAUCGCCGGUGUCCGCGACAUGCGAUUCCAAGCUCUUAUGCCCGACAUUCUGCAUUGGCUCGGCAUCACGAAGAUCGAUCGCAUGCUAUCAAUGUCGAACAUGAAGCACGACGCCAUCGUGGACUCUGGUAUCAAGAUUAUCGAGCGUAUACCUAUCCCCGACGAGAUGAUCCCUAGUGAUUCAAGGGUCGAGAUUGAUGCUAAGAUCCAAUCGGGAUACUUCACUACCGGCAAGCAGCUGACGGAUGAAGAACUGACUCAAGUCCGUGGACGCGGCUGGGAGAAAUGGGAAGACAUCUCGCACUAA